AUGUGCAUCUUACCCCCGCAAUUUGCAUGUUAUAAAGCUGGAUUUUGUCACAAAUAUCUAAAUUACACUAUGGAAGUAAAAAACACGAUUCAAAGUGGUAAUAUCCCUACUCCAGCUUUGGCCAUUCAGGCGGAGCGUGCCAAGGCUACCUUUGAUCCUGAACUCAUGAAUCAUUUCUUGGAAGGCUCCAAAGAAAAGUCCGAUGAAAUUAAGCAGAUGAUUCAACAGAUGGAAAGAGACCCAAUUUUACAAGUUUCUUCCAAAGUUUAUGACAUGACCAAAGCCGAACACAGAUUGGAGACAGCACGCAAAAUAGCAAGACUUGCACUGUACAUUGAGCUGGAAAACUUUUCGUCUUUUGAAAACAGAAUGUCGUUGGUCAGUUUGAUGGAUCCUCAACUCCAUACCAGAAUUGGUGUCCAUUUGGGAUUGUUUUUGGGAUGUAUUCGUGGUAACGGAACGUCGGAGCAGAUGUACUACUGGGUUUUGAACAAAGAAGCUGCCUAUGUCAAACAAAUCUACGGAUGUUUCGCCAUGACAGAAUUGGCCCAUGGUUCCAAUGUUGCUGGUUUGGAGACUACCGCCACCUACGACGUGGAAAACGAGCAGUUUGUCAUCAACACUCCUCACAUUGGUGCCACCAAGUGGUGGAUUGGAGGUGCUGCUCACUCGGCUACCCAUACUACUGUGUACGCCAGAUUGAUCGUCAAGGGCAAAGAUUAUGGUGUCAAGACUUUUGUGGUGCCUCUCCGUGACUCCAACCACAACUUGAACCCCGGUGUUGUUGUGGGAGACAUUGGAGCCAAAAUGGGAAGGGAUGGUAUUGACAAUGGUUGGAUCCAAUUUUCCAACGUGAGAAUUCCUCGCUACAAUAUGUUGCAAAAAUACUGUAAGGUUUCCGCCGACGGUGAAGUUACCGAGCCUCCAAACAACCAAUUGUCUUAUUCGGCCUUGUUGGGCGGAAGAGUGGUGAUGGUGAAGGAUUCGUUCAGAUGGAGUGCCAAGGUGGUAACCAUCGCUAUCAGAUACGCCAUUGCCAGACGUCAAUUCAAGGCAUCUAAAGCUGGCGAAAACGACGGGGAGAACCAGAUUAUGAACUAUCCUUUGCAUCAGCGUCGUUUGAUCCCCUUGUUGGCCACAGCCUAUGCAUUUUCCAACGGUGCCAAUGUCUUGGACCAACUCUCCAAGAAGACGAUGGACAGUUUGGACCAUGCCGUUUCGCAAGAUGACAAGGCUGGUAUUGACAAGGGAAUUGAGGAGAUGAAGUCGUUGUUUGUGGCUUCUGGCUCGUUGAAAUCCACUUGUACCUGGUCUACUUUGAACACCAUUGAGCAGUGUAGACAAGCUUGUGGUGGACAUGGUUACUCUUCAUACUCUGGAUUCGGAAAGACUUACAACGACUGGGCAGUCCAAUGUACCUGGGAGGGAGACAACAACAUUCUUGGUAUGUCGAUUGGAAAGCAAUUGGUCAAAAACAUCAGUGGAGUUAUCAAGGAUGGAAACAAGGCCACUGGUAUUCUUGACUUUUUGAACAACACUAAGCAAUACUUGAACAACGAAAUUGUGUUGAAGAAAGACCAGCUUGAAUCUUUAGAACAGGUGUUGAAGGCUGUGGAAGUUGCACUUAUCAGAACCGCCAACCAGGCGUUGGCAGACUUGGACAAGAAUGGUGAGGACUGGGACUACAUUGGUGCCAGAUUGGUGGAAUUGUCUAAGAUGUUGGCCCAUUUCUUCAUGUUGAAGUCGUUCCUUGAGAAGUUCAAUACCCUUGAGGAAGGGCCAAUGAAGCUGGUCUUGAAACAGUUGGCUCAAUUAUACUCAUCGUCCGUCAUUUUGGAAGGAUUCUCCGGUAUCUUUUUGACUUUCAAGGUUUUGGAUUCCGACACCGUUUCGUACUUGUCUUCUGAGUACAUCCAGAAAUUGUGUGCUGACUUGAGGCCCCAUGUCAUUCCAUUGACUGAUGCUUUCAACUUGUCUGAUAUGAUCAUCAACUCCUCGUUGGGUAACUACGAUGGUAAUGUCUACGAAAACUUUUUCAAGAUUGUUAAGGACAGAAACCCUGCUCCAGGAAGUUACACUGCUCCAUACGAAGAAGAGUUCCGUGCUCACUUGAACAGACCAUCGUUGGAAGACAGACAGAGAAACGAGAUCAAUGAGGAUAACGAGGAGUUGGUGUAG